GGCACAAUGAGAAGGCAGCCACCCGCAUUGAUCUGCUGCAAGACUACGUGUGCUUCGUCCUCUACCACGGCGAGCAACCUUUGGCCGAGAUCAGCUUCCCAUUCAAGUCACUCUACCAAGUGCAACCAGAUCUAACGUGGUACACCAUGUCGAAGUCUGUCGAAACACAUAUGAACUUACUGAGAAGGGCUGAGCGGAAAGCCCAAAGUAAACUGAGCUCUGACUUCUGGGAGGGCACGCGAGACUUGGAAGACGAUGGCAUGGGCCGUGUACGCAAGUUCGUAUCGCUGCGAGUGAUAUUUUUGGUCCUGAUAUUUUUACAG